AGCACAGCCAGUCAUUUCUGUACAUUUAAGCUGCAGGUCCACAGUGUAGGAAUCUGCUUUCUGGCAAAUUAGAUCAUUUAGACAGUGAAGGUGAAACACCUUCCAGGACAGAAAGUUUGACUGAAUUUAUCAGGAAGAAACUUUCUAUCUGCUAUCCAGCAUAUGAAACCAUGAGCUCCUCUGUGCUCAGUGAUUGCAAUGCAGCAUUUAGCUGUAGCACGUGAAGGGGUGAAUUAUCCAAGGAAAGAAAGAUAAAACUAAUUACAAGAAAAACUUUUUUUUUUCUUUAUUCCACAAGAAAUCCUGGCACUCUGACUGUGAGAAACCCUGAAAGGUGAAUGAAUGUGAGUACAAAGUGCCGUGGCCUGUGGUGGGAAUGUGUCACAAACGUUUUUGAUGGGAUCCAAACUUGUGAUGAGUACGACUCCAUCUACGCCGAGCAUUCUGUGAAGCUGGUGCUGACCCGAGCUAUGAUGAUAACAGCAGACCUCCUGUCAGGAUUUGGAUUUCUCUUCCUGGUCCUGGGACUGGACUGUGUGAAAUUCCUUCCCGAUGAGCCGCUCAUCAAGCUGCGCAUCUGCCUGGUGGCUGGGGUUAUGUUGCUCCUUGCAGGUCUCCCUGGCAUCACGGGCUCCGUGUGGUACGCCGUGGAUGUCUACGUGGAGCGCUCCUCUCUGCUCUUCCACAACGUGUUCCUGGGCAUCCAGUACAAGUUUGGUUGGUCCUGCUGGCUUGGCAUGGCGGGGUCACUUGGCUGCUUCUUGUCUGGGUCCCUGCUCACCUGCUGCAUGUAUCUCUUCAGAGAGACCAGUUCUGGAAGAUUCCACUCUGCCUACUCCUUGAGGAAAGGCUAUUCCUCAGCUGCGACCGUUGUAACAAACAUGCAUUUGCCAUCCUCGCAAACAGCCACCUCCAAAAUGUAUGCAGUGGACACAAGGGUGUGAUGAGGAGAUGCAGUUGAAUUUCAAGGAUCUACUGUAUGCUACAAUUAUGAGAGCUUCAAAAUACCUUUCUUUCAAGAAAGUAAACUCUGAGAAGAUCCUGCUUUCUGGAAUCCUCUUGACUUGAGUGCUGAGGCCACUUGUAUAAGCACAGACUGAAAUCACCAACACAAACUCUUUUCAGCAUUUGUCUCAACACUAUUGGUGGAAGUGAGAUAAACCAGCCAUUCCUGAAUCAGAGUGCAGUGUUCUGCAUGAAGCCCCCCACACUGCAAGAUGGAUCUGUUCCAUGUCUGGCAACGUGUCAACAGAGUGUACAAAGGAGAAAAUCCUGGCAAAGGGAGGGACUGACUGCCUGACCAACAUCUGGACCCUGUGCACUCAGUAGGGGGGUCUGCCCCUCUUACAGGCAGCUGGGGAGCUUUUCAAGAGAUAAGAGCUGUGUUAAAUAUCUGACCAUCUCUUUGGUCCAUGAGUCUGCACUGAGAAAUGAUUGUAAAUGCAGGUGCAUUCUUCCCUGAAAAAUACAGUCCUUCUCAGUCAGUGUUAAAAGGUACACUACUAAACUCAGUGAAAUCUGGAAAUUGCCGGCUUCAUUCUGCUUAAUAAAAACAUUGCUUGGACAAAGUGAGUGAAGAUCCAAAAUCUGA